AUGAACUGUAGGGAGGCUAGACGACGGGUUAACAGCGGCGAUGGCAAGAACAGCGGCUCACCUCAGCUUGGCCCCGUAUCGAGGGCGACGACGAGGACGUCCCUGUUCCUCUUCAGCUGGUGUUGCCAACUAUCGGACGAUAUUCAGAACAGUCACAUUACAGCGCUUUGCGGGAUGGAUGUUGCAGCCAAGCUGACGGAAAGCAGUUAG